UACACAAUGAAAGAGAAUGGAAAUCAAUGUAACAAUUCACCAACCGAAGAUACCGUUAAGAGGAAACCCGAUACGUUAUUUUUGUACAUUUGCGUUAUAACAGGACAAUUGUUAAUUGUAUCAUAUGGAGCAUCCACUGCUUGGCCAUCGCCGGUUUUGACUAAACUGAGCAUAAACAGCACCGAUACAGACAUUAAUCCAUUGGGCAGGCCCAUAACUACAGCAGAAGUGUCGAUGUUAGCAGGAAUACCAACGUUUACGAAUACCCUGGGAAUGCUCCUGAUGCCUAUGCUUUCGGAGUUCAUCGGCAGGAAGCGAUAUUUGCUACUUUUAGGCGUCAUAAUGCUGUUGUCUGGUGUAGGUUUAGGUUUUAGUAGUGGUAGUGUAGCGUUGAUGAUCGUGGCGAGAUGCCUGUUUGGAUUCUGCGGGUGUAAUAUAGUGAUAUCGAUUUAUCUCGUGGAGAUAUGCGAGGAUCACAACAGAGGAAAAUUCGGUUGUUAUCUCGGAAUUUUCAACCAAAUAGGACACUUGUUCGGUUAUGUUACCGGUCCGUUUUUCAGCAUAAAAGUAUUCAGUUUAAUCAUAAUUUCCCCUGUGUUACUGUUCAUUUUUAUUUUCUUAGCGAUGCCGGAAUCGCCGGUAUAUUUACUAAAAAACGGCAAAGAAAAGGAGUGCAAGAGCGCUUUGUGGAAAUUAAGAAGCAACAAAACCGAAGAAGAGAUCGAAUUGGAUUUGAUGAAAUUGAAGGAGAGUUUGAAAAACGAGCGGCAAGGUAAAAUUGCGGACUUGUUCAAAAAGCGAGAGAAUUUCCUGGCGAUGAUUUUGAGUUUCCUGCCGCUGUUGAUAAAAUUCAGCUCGGGCGUGACAACUAUAUUCACCUUCUUAGCUCCAUUUUUCGAUCAAGCAGGCACCAGCUUAUCAGGUGAUACGGUAGCAAUUAUAGUCGCUGUCGUAAAGAUAACGUUUUUCAUAUUAGCAUCUUUCAUAAUCGAGAGAUUCGGCCGAAGAAAAUUGCUGAUUUUAUCUUCCACCGGAACCGCCAUACCUCUAUUCACGAUAGGCAUUUACUUUUAUCUACAAAGCAUCAAUUCAUCGGUGUUGGUUAACAUUCAAUGGCUUCCCCUGGCUAGUCUUUUACUAACAGUUUGCUUGUUCGGAAUAGGUUUGGGCCCAAUCGCGCAAAUAGUUCUAUCCGAAUUGCCAUCGGCAGAACUCAGAGCAGUUUCGAUUUCUGUAGUUCAUUCUACCGGUAACGUCGUGGCGUUCGCUUUGGCUUCUUCGUAUCCGAUAGUAUCGGAAUCUUUGGGCACCCAAUGGUGUGUAUGGUGGUUCAGUAUGAAUUGCAUCGUCGGUGCGAUUUUAAUGUAUUUCUUUUUGCCGGAAACCAAGGGGAAAAGCUUCGUCGAAAUACAGAACAUGCUGAAGAAUUAUUCGAAACUCCGGAUGCAUUGAUACAUGUGAAAAAAUGUUACUAAAUGUAUAUGAAAGAGUUAGGUAAGACUAGUUA